AUGGCAAAGACCGAGGAGACCACAACGAUUACGACCGUGACAGAGACGACUUCGGUGCCUUCUACUGAAGAGACGGUAGAGGAAACGACGACGUUCACGACGGAGACGUUGGAAGUGGUGCCGGCACGUUCCAUUGAUAAAUUGGAGGAUAUUACAAUAGAGACGACUGAGACAACAGAGACGUCUGAGAUGUUGUCGGAGGAACCAUCUACUCAGGAUAUGGCGAAGACCGAAGAGACCACAACGAUUACGACCGUGACGGAAAUGACGUCGGUGCCUUCUACUGAAGAGACGGUAAAGGAAACGACGACGUUCACGACGGAGACGUUGGAAGUGGUGCCGGCACGUUCCAUUGAUAAAUUGGAGGAUAUUACAAUGGAGACGACUGAGACAACGGAGACGUCUGAGAUGUUGUCGGGGGAACCAUCCACUCAGGAAAUGGCAAAGACCGAGGAGACCGCGACGGAGACGUCGGAGGUGGAGUAUGAGGAAUCAUCUACUCAGGAUAUGGCGAAGACCGAAGAGACCACGACGAUUACGACCGUGACGGAAAUGACGUCGGUGCCUUCUACUGAAGAGACGGUAAAGGAAACGACGACGUUCACGACGGAGACGUUGGAAGUGGUGCCGGCACGUUCCAUUGAUACAUUGGAGGAUAUUACAAUAGAGACGACUGAGACAACGGAGACGUCUGAGAUGUUGUCGGAGGAACCAUCUACUCAGGAUAUGGCGAAGACCGAAGAGACCACAACGAUUACGACCGUGACAGAGACGACUUCGGUGCCUUCUACUGAAGAGACGGUAGAGGAAACGACGACGUUCACGACGGAGACGUUGGAAGUGGAUAUGGCAAAUACCGAGGAGACCGCGACGGAGACGUCGGAGGUGGAGUAUGAGGAGCCAUUUACUCAGGAUAUGGCGAAGACCGAAGAGACCACGACGAUUACGACCGUGACGGAAAUGACGUCGGUGCCUUCUACUGAAGAGACGGUAAAGGAAACGACGACGUUCACGACGGAGACGUUGGAAGUGGUGCCGGCACGUUCCAUUGAUACAUUGGAGGAUAUUACAAUGGAGACGACUGAGACAACGGAGACGUCUGAGAUGUUGUCGGAGGAACCAUCUACUCAGGAUAUGGCGAAGACCGAAGAGACCACAACGAUUACGACCGUGACGGAGAUGACUUCGGUGCCUUCUACUGAAGAGACGGUAGAGGAAACGACGACGUUCACGACGGAGACGUUGGAAGUGGUGCCGGCACGUUCCAUUGAUACAUUGGAGGAUAUUACAAUGGAGACGACUGAGACAACAGAGACGUCUGAGAUGUUGUCGGAGGAACCAUCUACUCAGGAAAUGGCAAAAACCGAAGAGACCACAACGAUAACGACCGUGACGGAAAUGACGUCGGUGCCUUCUACUGAAGAGACGGUAAAGGAAACGACGACGUUCACGACGGAGACGUUGGAAGUGGAUAUGGCAAAUACCGAGGAGACCGCGACGGAGACGUCGGAGGUGGAGUAUGAGGAGCCAUCUACUCAGGAUAUGGCGAAGACCGAAGAGACCACGACGAUUACGACCGUGACGGAAAUGACGUCGGUGCCUUCUACUGAAGAGACGGUAAAGGAACCCACGACGACGUUCACGACGGAGACGUUGGAAGUGGUGCCGGCACGUUCCAUUGAUACAUUGGAGGAUAUUACAAUGGAGACGACUGAGACAACGGAGACGUCUGAGAUGUUGUCGGGGGAACCAUCUACUCAGGAAAUGGCAAAUACCGAGGAGACCGCGACGGAGACGUCGGAGGUGGAGUAUGAGGAGCCAUCUACUCAGGAUAUGGCGAAGACCGAAGAGACCACAACGAUUACGACCGUGACAGAGACGACUUCGGUGCCUUCUACUGAAGAGACGGUAGAGGAAACGACGACGUUCACGACGGAGACGUUGGAAGUGGUGCCGGCACGUUCCAUUGAUACAUUGGAGGAUAUUACAAUAGAGACGACUGAGACAACGGAGACGUCUGAGAUGUUGUCGGAGGAACCAUCCACUCAGGAAAUGGCAAAAACCGGGCCGGGGGGGGGGGCGGGAAACCGAAGAGACCACGACGAUUACGACCGUGACGGAAAUGACGUCGGUGCCUUCUACUGA